AAUAUCUACCUGCAACGUUCCACAACGCUGCAGUAUCAGCUACUUAACCUAACGAUCUGGAACACACCCCUUUACGAAAGUAGCACAGGCUGCCUACGAGGGAACGAACUGCAGCCGAGACACGACAUCUGACCUAUGUCGUCGCCAGAGAUCGCUUCCCUGUCCUGGGGACACAUGAAGGUGAAGGGCUGCUCGUCUUCCUAUAAGGACUGUAAGGUGUGGCCCGGGGGUAGCCGCGCAUGGGACUGGAGAGAGACUGGGACGGAUCAUCACCCUGGAGUGCAGCCUGCAGAUCUAGAGGAGGUGCUUCAGAAGGGAGUGGCGACUUUGGUCAUCGGGCGGGGCAUGAGUGAGGCGCUGCAGGUCCCGUCCUCAACUGUGGACUUCGUGAUACAGAGAGGAGUGGAGCUGAUAGUUCUGCAGACAGAGAAGGCCAUCACAGAAUACAACAACCUGGUUGGCCAGGGAGCCAAGGUGGGUGGCAUCUUCCACUCUACCUGCUGAUGACAUCAUACCACAGGUGGCCAGUAGGAGAAGUCUGAAAGCCUGGUGCAAUUCAACAGGGUCAUAUUCAUUACAGCACACUGUAGCAAAACGUUUUGCAAUGGACAAGUCCAUGUAGUCCCUCCCUGUUUUAUUCUGUUUGGUGCCUGAUGAACACAACCCUGGGGUGCAUUAGCGAAGUGAAACAUUCAGAACACCGUAAUGAAGAGCUGAAAUGACUGGCUGUGAAUAAAGGCUUGUUUUUGUCA